AUGGCGGGAACUCAUGUUUUGUCAGCUCUACCACCAAAUACAGUUAGACUGAUUGGAAGUACACAAGUGAUCACUUCUGUCUAUAGCGUGAUAAAAGAACUAAUUGAGAAUUCAUUAGAUGCCGAAUGUACUAAUGUUGACAUUAAACUGGAAAACUAUGGGCUUGACAGAAUUGAAGUACGGGACAAUGGAAAGGGCAUCUGUAUUAGUGACAUUCCAUUUGUUGCCAGGCGACAUUACACUUCCAAAAUAACGUCACACACUGAUCUCGAAAGGCUAACGUCUUACGGGUUUAGAGGAGAAGCACUCGCUUCUCUUUGUUCUGUUGCUGAUGUUUCCAUAACAACCAAAACAGAGACUGAUGACAUCAGCAUGACCUACACCGUAACGAGCAACGGAGAAAUUUUAGAUGGAAAACCAUCACAUCUUGGAAAUGGGACACUAAUUGUUGCUUCAAAUUUGUUCAAGAAUUUACCAGUCCGUAAACACUAUUACAAUACCAGCAAGAAGAAGAAGGAGGAAUUGAAGAAAAUUGAAGAUCUUCUCAUGUCGUUUGGAGUUAUCUGCCCCCAUGUGCGGCUCACAUUGCGACACAACAAGGAGACUGUGUGGCAGAAGAGCGUAAUGUCAGACAUGAAAACUGCUGUGUUUUCGGUCCUUGGUCGACAGAUAGCCUCACAGUUGGAGGUCAAACAGGUCAAGGAAUCUGAUCCAAAACUUGAAGUGACCGUGUUUCUACCGAAGCCAGGUUCAGAUAUUCUUGUGACGAGUCGAGCAUCAUGUGACAGAAGUUUUCUCUUCGUUAAUUCCCGACCAGUGACCAUCAAAGAAAUAGAGAAGUUGAUUCGCACAUACUACUGCAACAGCUACGGAUGUGACAACACCAGACAUCCUGUUUUCAUCGUGUCUGUUACCAUCCCACCAAAUGAGAUAGACGUCAACAUUGACCCAAAUAAAACCAAGGUUAUGCUGCAUCAUCUGGAUGCAGUGAAAAAUUGUCUGGAGAAAGUCUUGCUGUAUGUAUAUGGCCCCUUGGAUACACCUCGACUGUGGAGACAAACCAACAAGGAUGCUGAGACCCAUGCAAAGGAAGACAACUCUGAGGCGAGGGCACUAGUGUCACGGUACAGUAGACAGCUGUCCGAGGAAGCAGAACAGGCAGCUCAGUUGGAAGAUUCAACGUUUACAAAACAGUCUCAGGAUUCUAGACCAUCCAACAAAUGCGAGGUUUUGAGCCAUUCUAUUUACAAAUCUGAUUUUGUGAAUAAUCCCCAGGGUAACGCAGAUGUUUUAAAUUAUCCCGAGGACAACGCAGAUGUUUUAAAUCAUCCCCAGGGCAAAUCUGAUGCUUUGAAUCAUCCCCAAGGCAAAUCUGAUGUUUUGAAUCAACCCCAGGGCAAAUCUGAUGUUUUAAAUCGUGCAAAUGACAAAUCUGAUGUUUUUCAUCACCCAUCUGACAAAUGUAACAUUUUGAAUAAUCGGAAUGACAGUGGGUUUGUUGAUCCUGACCAGGUGACAAAACAACACAAUGACAUGGACUUGCCAGCAGCUAACUGGGAAAUUAACCUAACUGACUUUGAGCAGAGUCAGAUAGGUCUGGAAAACACAAAAACCUCUCUGAACUGUUCAUCAGAUGUUUCCAGGUGUAAGGAUAAAGUUGACGAAUUAGUAGGUAGAAACAUGGAGAGCAAUGGUGGUAAGGAUGAUAAAAUCUGCUCUGAUAGGAGUAAAGAUAACACAUGCGAGCAACAGAUUUCAAAUGUAAACCAAGUCGUGGUAUCGGGUAAUGAAACAAAAAGUGUGGAAAAGGACCCUUGGUGGGUUGACACAGAUUCUGAUUCAGAUGAUAUCAUGUCAAUGCCAGUGAUAGAUGAAGUGAUGAUAACGGUUGCAGAAAAAACUAAAUCUCAUGAAGCCAUUCCUUCUGUUACUUCAGCUAGUGAUAAAGAUGGACAGAGUUCACCUGUGGCUCCAGGGAGUGAAGGUCAAAAAGGAGAUGCUGAAUUAUGGAGCAGAGGUCAAUGUGUGUCGGUAAAUGGGAAACUCGUACAGCCUGUGUCACUGUUGUCACCAACAACAUCCCACAUGCCUGGCAAGAGGCCGGCUUCACCACUGACAAACGAUAUCCUUCCACCUGAAAAACGCAGAUCUGCUGGUUGUCAACAGCCCAAGCCACUGAUCCAAGGGCAGGCAACUCUAUUUGACAUCGUUGGUGACCAUGCAUUCGAGAAUGAAUCUGGUUUCAAUGUUUUUUCUAAAGAAGUUCGUUCAGCUGUUCUUAAACAAAAUCUAAGAGCAAAUGAUGAAGAAAUAAAUAACAUUCUUCGAGAAAAGUGGGAGAACAUGCCCGAGGAUGAAAGACGGAAAUAUUCAUCAGAUGUAAAUAACAGAAAUACAAACACACUGAGCACGCCUAAAGAUAUUUCAAGAAAAGUUAAGAAAAAGCUUGACAAGGGCCGAUCAGUACGUGACCAACUGUUGUCACAGAUGAAGAAGUCGACUAAGAAGAAGAAGAAGGUAGUGGAAAAACCCACAAAAGAUGUUUUCUUCAAUCAAAACUUCUUAACUGGAUUCAGACAAACUCCUUCACAAAAUGAGUCCAGGAAACUGCUGAUUGGCUGCCUUAGGACAUGUGGUAUGUGGGUUUGUAGUCAUGGUAACGAGCUGUUGCUUAUGAAUCCUCACAGAAUUGCUGAGACAAUCUUGUAUCAUCGAUUGAUGGAAACACACCAGCUCUCUGCCGACCAUCUUGAAAAACCAGUUCCUCUGUCAGCAAGUGCUAUUGGUAAUGAGUCCCUCUGGAACACCCUGAUGUCGUUAGCUAAAGAAAGUUGGUCACAUGAUCCCCGAGUUUACAUCAGAGACAACAGAAUUGUGGCAAAUGGUCUGAAAAUUGAAUGUCAUAAAGACAGUGAAAGUGAAGAGGUAGUUGUUGAGCUGGUUGGAGUGUCGAAACAAAUUCCAAUGUUUGGUGUUCGUGAUUUGUGUGAAAUCCUUGAGCUAAUUACCAACACGGGAGCCACAACGCUGCCCCAGUCCAGACCUCUCAAGGUCAUCAACUACCUCAAGAGUGAAGCGGUGAGGAUGGCGAGACAGUCCCCGGCACAACGGACGAAGGAGGACAUGGCUGCCAUGUUGUCGGAGAUGGAUGAGACGCUACCCGCCGACUGCUCCACCUGUCUGCACAACAAACCUUUCUUUCACAAACUGUCUGACAUCAGCCAGAUGUCGGGGGAUGGCGAUACAGUGUCAGGAACUCAAAUAUCUCAAGAAUAAACCGAUUCCAGCCAGAUUUUAUACAAGGAACACAGAAUGUCAUGGUCAAAGUGUUAGGCGAUGCUGUGUGAUACAAGUGUCUCCUAUGAAAAUAGCCAAUUGUGACAAGACAGCAUUAUUUUAUCAGUUGCUAUACAUGUGGCAUCACCUUUAUAUACCGACUGUGUCGUGUGAGGGACAUAUGUUAGGAACUCAAAUAUCCUUUGGAAUAACCAACCCGUUUCUGACACAGUUUAAUGUAAAGAACAAAAAAAAGAGCCUAGAAAGCGUUUUUCGGCAUACACUGGCUAAACUCGACCCUAAUUCAAUUUACUGGUAGCCAGGCUUGUGCAUGGAACACAGAUUGUCAGUGAAAUAGACUCUCCAAGGAAUAUACUGGUUCAAAGAUAAAAAAAACCCUCCAGAUUUUCCAGGAAUUCUGGGUUUUUUUCUCCUACCUAAACUGUCCUUGUUCUUGUUCUGUAAUGAAUAGGUUACAAUAAUUACAACAUUUUAAAACCCUGAAACGUUUUCUAGAUUUUUAUUUGUCCAACCUCUCCGAUUGAUAGUGUUGCCCAUGUUGUGGAACAUUUCCUGACACAACUUGGAAUAUCUCAGGAACGUGCGUAAAUGUUAUUUUUACAUCUGUGAUUUAACAGCGACAUCGGGAAGUGUUUUUAAGAAUGUCGAGACAUUUUCCAGCACUUUCUUUUGCAGUGUUGUGUAAUUGAACCUCUCCACAUGUUAAAUAUAAUUUCAGGAACUCUUUCAAAAUGGAGACAUUUUCAAAAAAGUAUUCUAUGCAGUUGAAGAAAAUGCCUUUCAUUCAUCUUUCUCAUCUACUACCCUGUCUAUCAUUCUUAUAAUCUUAAUAUAAAAACAAAUUUCCCCAAGUCAAGUUAAACAUAGCAAAAACUCUUCUUUUAUGAAAAUAAAUUUAAAGCUGUCCUGUGUAAAAUAACAUUGUGGUUUGUCACAGGUGCAGCUGGAAUAAACACAUAUUCAACUCUCCUCCAACCCGGUUUUUCACAACUGGUUUAUCAAAGCUUUGGUGUAUGCCGUCUUGUCCUGUAUAAAAGAUCCCUUGCUGUUCUUUUGUAGGUGUAACCUAAGUCAAACACCUUUUAGUUUAAGAUUUGCCAUUCUGGUCCAACCAAACAGAAAAAACUAUCUUAAUAUUUGCCACUAAAUAUUGGACAACUGACAAUAGCUCAGCUCAGAAACUUAUUAUAUGCUAAUAAGUAAUAAAAUCAGCUGACCUACCUAAUAUAUAUGAACAAGCAAUGGAAAAUUCAGCUUGUUCCAUUGCCCUUUAAAACAGCUCUCUAAUCGUUUAUAUUCCAACAAAAACUGAAACAUAUAACCUACUUGUCUGCAAAUCCACAGGUCACAAGGUGUUGCAGAGAAAUAUCAAUUUAGACAUAUGACAGCACACCUAGCAAGUACUUCUAUCAAGGUCUUUUAUAUGUCACACCAAUGGGCUAUUAAGCCAAAUACUCAAUUGUACCAAGGGCAGGUUAUUUGCUUUCUCCUAUCCCCACCCCUAGCCUUAAACCCCAAUGGCUUGACCACAAUAUGAGUCACGGUCAUAACAAUAUAUGAAAUAUGUGAGUAGAGCGACAACAAACACAAGGUUGAUUUUAAGUUUUAUUUGCAAGUUGAUUUGAUUUCGUGCAAGAAAGUGGUGAAUAAUACAUCAUUUCAUUGUGAAACGGUCUAAACAGCACUGAUAUGUACACAUAUUACCAAGCCAUCAUAUGGCACCAACAAAUCUGUUGUGUGUGUGUGUGUAUAUAUAUAUAUAUAUAAUAUGUACAAAUAAAUAAAUAUUUAUAUUCA